UAAAGGUACUUAACUCUAACAUAAAAAAACACAAAUAACAUAACUUUUCCUACCAGACACUAAAGGAAACCCUAUAUUUGAGUGUUUGUGUUUGUGCAGCAGGGACAGAAGGGAAGAUGAGGGAAUAGUGAGGAGAGACAGGGAGGGAAAUGAAGAGCAGUGUGAACAAAAAGGGGGCCAUUUGGCCUUAUGUGUGAAACUCCACACACCUAUUUAAUAGAGCAAGUCACAGCUGUGGGCACAUUUAGAAAAGAACAGCAGAGGGAUAAGAACAGAAAUACAGGCAAGAAAGAACAGAACACUUUAAGACAAAGUCUCCUGUAAAGCAGAAUAUUGAUAUCACCUAGUUACCUAAAUCUGUACAAGGAAACAGAGGAGGAGACAAACAGAGUUGAGGAGGGAAAUGUUCCUUUGUAGCAGGUGAAGAGGGCGAGCAAAGGGACAAACAAGGACAAUGCUGAGCAUGGAGAUGUACCCCAGUUUGACUAUGGGACCACAAAGGAUUGGAGACUGCUUUUACAGAGACCGACAGGCUCCAGCCCACAUGCCGUUGUUCCCCACUGCCUGUGACAUGGCGGCCAAAGCCCUGCCACCGAGGGUGCUGGCCCCUCCCCCUGUCCCCAACGAGCCUGCCACCAAAACCCCAAAAGAUGAGGUGAGGAUGGAGCUGGAGAACGCGUCUUUAUGGAAACAGUUCAGCUCGGUGGGCACAGAGAUGAUCAUCACAAAGAAGGGCAGACGAAUGUUCCCCGGGCUGAGGUUGAAGCUCUCAGGCCUGAACCCAUCUCUCCGUUACAUCCUCCUCCUGGACAUCAUCCCGGCAGACAACUCCCGUUACCGUUUCCAAGGGGGUGGCUGGCAGGCUGUUGGCGGGGCAGAAGCGAGGCUACCAGACCGCGUUUUCAUCCACCCAGACUCACCUGCCACGGGCUCUCACUGGCAGGGCCGCACCAUCUCCUUUCACUACGCCAAGCUCACCAACAACACACUGGACACACAGGGACAUAUAAUCCUGCACUCGCUGCAUCGCUACCAGCCCAGACUUCAUGUAAUUGAAGCCAGAGACAUGCUGAGGUGGGGCGGAGGGCAGCACUCCUUCGUUUUCCCUGAGACCCAGUUUAUCACAGUCACUGCCUACCAGAACAACAAGAUCACAGAGCUAAAGAUCAAUUCCAACCCCUUUGCUAAAGGCUUCCGAGAGGACGGCAUGAACAGCAAAAAACAAAGAGAUGCAAGACAGAAGCGCAAAAUACCUGACUUGACAGAAACCUUGGAUAUCGUGAACUGUGACCCAUGCGACUCUACUGAGCUUCUGCCGCAACCCAUAACCACCACUACCACCAGCACAGACCUGCAGGCCCUCGCUCUGGCCUCUAUGCCACCACUGCCUGACCCCUCCUGCGGGUUCAGACCAGAGGAGGCCUCCUAUCAGGACACGCUGGUCCCGCAGCAUGCGCUAGACCUCGGCCAUGCAUUCAUAGCAUCCCAGAUGUCUGAUAUCAGCAUCUCCAUGGCUGGUGGGAUGCAGGAAAGAGUGGGAGGCGAGGUGGCAAAUAGUAUGAUUGAACGAUCAGACACUACAGCUUACACCUCCAACUUCACUGAUGCUCAGGCCAACUCCUGUUUCCCCUCAGCUCCUCUUCCUCCAUCAUCCUCCUCCUUCUCCUCCCUUCCCACCCCCGACUCUUCCGAUAUUUCCGAUCCUCAGCCCUCCAUCCCUCCUAUCGACUAUCCCACCAUUCUUUCCUCCUCCCCCACGCUCUCCUCCUCUUCCUCCUCCACCACUCCCUUACUGCAGCAGACCUCCUUCACCUUCCCCACUCCGCCUCCUUCUAACUCCUCCUCACCACAGCCACUCCUGUCCUCCUCUUCCCCCUCUGCUAACACUUAUCACACCAUCCCAGAGGCAAUCAGCCCCCAUACACCCACAGAUGCCUCUUUUCCUGCCCUAGAUUCCACAUUUCAGUCAGGUCUGCAGGACCAAAUAUCAGCUGACUCUCUGCUCACCCAACCUGGUCAGCCGAUGCAGGGUGAACCUGUUGCCAGCGGAAAUGAUGCGCCCAGCGAUCAAAGCUCAGCAGCAUUUAUCUAUCCAAAUAACUUUCAUGCAAAUCCUAAUCCUGCUCCAAUUACCACACAGCCUCUCCCCAACAAAAACCACCCACUGGCUUCAAGUCUGCCAUACUCUCUACCCACUCAUGGUGCCCCCUCAUCUUUUGCCUUCCCCUCUUUCCCACCACACAUGCAAAAUCUGUCAUUUGCGAAUGUGCCUCCCAGCUCUGCCCACCCUGCCCUGCACCUCCAAAACCUGAGCCACCAAUCCCAAGCUCCUUUCCCACCCUCCUCCUUCGCUCAUCCAUCAUCCUCCAUUCCUCACCCUCCUUUCCAACCCUCCUCUUGCUUGGCUGUCUCCUCGUCUUUCCAGCAGUCUGUCACCUCUGCUCCUUCAAUGACACAAACAGCCCAUCCUCAAAACCUGCCCAAUCCCCGUACUUCCUCCUGCCCCUCCUCUUACCCUCCAGUUGAAAUGGGUGCCAUCCCACAGUUCAAUCAAGCAUCCCCCUACCGCCCAGAGAUGGUUCUGCACCACCCGUCUCUUCUCCCUCCGCUGGAUCCAUCACUCCCCUCCAGUCUUCCCUCCUCCACCCCUCCCCCAGCCCUCUACCCCGCCUUUCCGUCCUACUCUCUCAGGCUUUGUCAGGACCCUCACUCACCGCUCUCCAUCCCGUUCAGGCAUCUGUACCGGCAACACCAGCAUGGCCACGCCCACCCCCAAGGGUCCUACCUGGAUAUGAGCACAAGAGCUGUGUUUUAAAACAUAGGAAAGUUAAUGUUGACUAAAUGUUUUGGCUUGAUAGCGCUUUUAGUUUUUUUCAUCAAUGUGUAGCAUUACUUUAAGUAGCAUAACGUGUGUGACUUUGUGUGUGUGUGUGUGUGUGUGUGUGUGUGUGUGUGUAUGUCUUCCCAAUAAUUCAGCUGAUAAACAGGUUAAUGAAUUUUAACCAAUUUGUAAAUAGCUGUUGAAGA